CAAAAGUAAGAUGCCAUUUCUUUCGUUUUUCAAUGAAAAACUGAAAAAAGUUGUUGCAGGGUCGGAAGUACAAUGGAUCAUAACAGACCGCUUCUGAACAUGUGUGUGAUUUUCACUCUUCAAUCAUUCCGGAAGUUGAUUCUUCAAGAAGGUGAAAAGAUGGUCCUUGUGUGGUUAGAUACACCAUAUAACCAAGCAGUUUAUGGUCUCGUAGAUAAACUAGGGAGCUUAGUGGUGAGGCUCGUUUUUCUUCCAUUUGAAGAAAGUUCCUAUGUUACAUUUGCAAGGUCUGCAUCAGGAGAUCACAAGGACAAAAAGAAGAUCCUGGGAAGGCGUCUGACAGAUGCGCUGAAGCUUGUUUUGCUAAUAGGUUUAGUGGUUAUCGCGUUUGGCCCAAGCUAUUCUUAUUCCCUCAUCAGAUUGCUGUAUGGUAGGAAAUGGAGUGAUGGAGAAGCUUCGAAAGCACUCCAGUGUUAUUGCCUUUACGUGAUAGUUUUGGCCAUGAAUGGUACAUCCGAGGCAUUUAUGCAUGCAGUUGCAACAGAGAAUCAACUCAAACGGUCGAAUGACUCGUUACUCGUCUUCUCGUUGAUUUACGUAGUCUUGAAUGUCUUACUUAUACGAUCAGCAGGCGCAAUUGGAUUAAUAUUAGCAAAUUCUUUGAACAUGUUCUUCAGGAUAGUCUAUUCAGCAAUUUUCAUCAGAAAAUAUUUCAAGGAUUCUUCGUCCUUUUCCUUUAGAGACUGCUUGCCGAAAGGAAGUGAAUUUCUACUUAUUUCAGGUGCAGCCAUCUUUAUUCUCGAGAGAACAUAUCUCGACCGAGAGAAUUUCUGGUCAACUUUUACGAUUCACCUCUCUUUUGGUUUGGCGUGUUUCAGUGUGGCGGCUGUUGUAAUCUAUAAGAAAGAGAAGCCUUUCAUCAGCAAAAUCAUACGUUUUCGUGAACAUGCUGAUUGAAAGCUCUGCUAACAGAUACAAGGUGAGUUAAGACGGGCAACAAUCAUAAAAAUCGUAUUAAUUUUGGUGUAACCUAUAUUUAUGAAAUUUUCAUUUUUGCUCGAGUAGAUUGUUACCGAUGAACUUGUGUAAGAAAAGGUCUGAUUUAGUUAACAUUUUCUCCAAAUCGGCACUUUGGAAGGAUCCUUUUGGUAUGAAGAAUGCACAAACCAUCGAUUUUGGAUGGACCGAAGUAUUGAAAAUGAAAUGAGCCCCUACGUUUAAA